AUGGAUGAGAAUUUGAAAGCUGUUCGUAGGAGUAAUUGGAUUGUUGUAAUGGCGGCUCUUGGAUUUACCGGCUAUACUGCUUACAGAGUCUAUCAUUUCCCUUCAAUUGCUCGAAAGAGGGCUAAGAUUUCCAGAUUCUUUGCGGCUUUGUCUUCUGCCGCGGCUGCAUUUUCUGAUUCUGCCCACUGUGUCGCCACUAUUUCUAAGGAUUUUAAGGAGUUUAUUCAUUCUGAUUCUGAUGAACUCCCCCAUAGUUUGAAGCAAAUCUCUAAACUCGCCCGAUCUGAUGAGAUCUCCACUUCCCUCACGCGUCUCUCUCAGGCGCUAACUUUGGGGGUUUUGCGAGGUUACGAUCAGUACUCCCGGCAGAAAGGCGGCGGUGACGAGAAAACGAGUGAUUUUACAGAUAAAAUUAUGACGAAGCUGUGUAGUGAAUCUGGGUCUGGAUUCGUUUCUGUGGUGGUUGGGAGUUUCGCUCGGAAUUUGGUGAUGGGGUUAUUCUCUAUAGAUGAGACGAGUAAGUGGACGAGUUGUUUGGAGGAUCGUUUGGGGAGAUGGAUGGGGGUGGCAUGCGAUGAGAAAUGCAGGGAAUUAAUCGGCGAGUUGAUUCGAAUAUUCGUGAGCUCGGCGGUUUCGGUGUAUCUGGAGAAGACAAUGGAAAUCAACAGUUUCGAUAGAAUAUUCUCGGGACUCACAAACCCGAAACACGAAAGGGAAAUGAGGGAGUUGUUGGUCUCCCUUUCCAACGGCGCAGUGAAGACUCUGAUCAGAACCUCCCACCAAGUGCUGUCGGGGCAGGGGAACUGGGCCAUGGAAGCAGGCCCAGCAGCAGCAGCAGGGAAAAAGGUGGAAGAGUUCGAGGACAUGGAAUUGGGCGUGAAGCCCAGAAGCCAGCUUGGGAAACGGCCCAGAAAUGGAGGGUGGGCAUCCAGCUUGGGAGCGCCGAAAAACAGGAAAGUGAUAGUGAACUUGACCGGGAGAAUGACGUUUGAAAUGGUGAGGUCGUUCUUCGAGGUGUUGUUGGAGAAAAUCUACCAAGGAAUGAAGCGAUGUGUGGACAUAGUGAAUGAAGAAGUGAUGGAGAGAGGACUGGAGAUGGUGAGGUACGUAGCCGCCAAAACCUCUGUAAUUGCCACCAUUUGUCUUUCCUUGUGCUUCAACGUUCUUGACAACACCUCCUGGUUCUUGCUCGCAUAUUAG